AUGGGUCCAGGUCGUGUUGACAUAAGAACAGCCAGAAAGUCAAAGCCCAUUUCUGAUAAGAACACAUCAUCUAGACAUCGAGCCCUUCGAAGCAGUCGGCCGCCUUCAUCGAGUUCUGUGAUGCGACAGAAAAAGAAAGCUAAUAAGGGAUUAGUGGCCACAAAGAUAACGCCUGUAAAAAAUGUACAUGGCGUUUCGAGCACUGAAGAUUCAAAGAUGCUUGAUGUCGACAAUAACGCUAAGCCCCGUCGGCGUCGGGUUGAUUCAUCGGAUUAUAUUCGCCGCCGAUUCCUCUAUGACGAUGAUUCAAGUCAGAAAACUUCCAAAGGCAAAUCAACAAAGACACUUAAGCGUUCAGCCUCAUACGACUUGCGUUUCCGAAGCUCUACGGUUGCAUUAAUGGCAGCCUCUUCUGCAAAUCUUCAGAGAAAACGUAAAAGAAUUCACGGUAAAACUACGUUGGAUCCAUCAUUUAUUCACGACCGGAAGGGAAGGAGGUCAAAACCUCUGUCCCCAGUUUUAAAUGACAAAUUGCAGUUGUCAGAUAGCCACUCUUCAGCUGAUGAGGCUGAAAGCGCCACCGACGAACAAAUAUCUCCAAAUGAUGGGGUUGCUCUUGCAACUGCAAAUUAUCCGGAUCGUCAUGUGAAAAUGGAAACUGGCGGAGAUUCUCAUCGUUUACUUAAACCGUUAUUUCGCAAACUUUAUAAGAAAGGCUCAUGUAAACAGGAACCAGCUGUUUCACCGGAGACACUUCAGAAUACGCCGGAUUAUAUUCACGAACUCCCAGAAAUUUUCCUGGACGAUCAUAUGACGGAUUUUACUCGGAGUCGCGGUCCUGUUGUUUUGAGUAAACGUGCUCGUCAUAGGAUUAUUCAACGACCAUCACCCCCAAGAACCAAUUUCAUUAAGCAGAUGUCAGAGUAUUCAAGUCGAGAAUUCCACGAAUUGGCGAUAUCCGAUACUGAUGAAGCCUUUAGGCACCAAGUUCGCAGUAACUUUGCCCUGGAUUGUGAUAGCACUAGAGUAGUAGGCGGCGAAUGGAGUGGCCGUUUGACAAGGACUGCAGAACCAGGUCCUUCCGUUUCAAUCAGACCACAAUCCGGGGUUGAUGUUGAGGAUUUUGCUGGUGACCUUAUACCUCAAAGUUCCGUGACUACCCACUGUCCCUCAGGAUCAGGUAGUAGUCGACGCAAGUCCCCUAUUCGUCCUAUGCAGGUUCUUCGCAGUGAACCUAUAAUGUAUCAGUCCGAUCACAGUGGUGCCACAUGUGCAACUUCAGGUGCGCCCAUAAUCCAGCAGAGACUGUUAGCUCCCUCGUUUUCUCAGUCUCCCGGCAGCGGGGUUACUGGGGUUUCCAAUGUCCAGGGUCUGGUUGAUUUGUGCGCUGCAGCUGGGCUUGACUCGACCGCUACUGGUCAUUCCCAACCUUCUCCAGCACCAGCAGAAUGUGGCGCUUCUACUGGACAACACACCCCCACUUUAGUUUCUUCUGUCCACUCAUCUUCGUAUAACUUGGUGAAAUCAAAUUUGGUUUCCCUCCAACCAAGUGGUCGAAUGCUGGUAGAUACCAGCGCCGGACAACCCAUUAGUGGAUAUACUGUUGCUUCUGCAACCCCCAUUUCUAGGAUCUCGCUGAUGCCUAGCAGAUGUAGCUAUGGAUCUUCGCAGAACACCAGGUUGCCCCAGGCGUCCAGUGGGAGUAAAUCACUUCCUGUGAAUUCUGGGCCCACUAGUUCAUCCAACAACUCUGGUUCCCGAAGGCGCCCAACAAUACUCAAGCGUGGCGCUGUCCCCACGCCUACUCCAUCCACUAACCAGUAUCGCAAGAUUUCAAGCCACACCGGAAUAAGAACGCUCCCGCUUAUUUCUCCUUCCACAACACCGCACCUUUCUCCGCCAUUCAUGCGCACUGCACUGAGGGGUGCCCAGCCGUCUCACAUCGCUCCUGGCGUUCAGCCAUCACGCCAGCCUCUUACAUAUGCCAUUGUAUCUGCGGCUGCUGCAGGCCAACCUGGAGUCAUCGCAGUAGCCCCGAAUAACAGGGGCACAGCCGCUUUUCCCAGUUCCCAGACAGCCAGUUCUCGGCUUUUUGGUUCUCGGCGUAAUGCUAACAGUGGAACCACGGCUCUUGAGACAAGGCCUGUCCCGUCGUCAACUUCAUCAUCGGCUCUGACUCUCAUCUCUUGCCUACCCACUCCAUCCGUAGUUAGCUGCCCCGUUCAACAGUCAGUGCGAUACGCCGUUGUUCGAGGUGCCGGUGAAGGCAAAAAAUACGUUCUUCUUGGUGGCGGUACAAAUCUUGGCGUUGCCGGUUAUUCAAAGCCAUUAAAGCCAAUCACUACUGGCGCAGAAGGUGGUGACAUGCUUCAUGAAGAACCUUGUGAUGUCGAUACCGCUCUAGUCUCGUCGACUGCACCCGUCACUCCCACCUUUUAUUCCCACACGUCGACUGCCGCUGGUAAUAUGACCACCAACAAAAAUCUGCCUUCUGAACAGGCUGCAGCCAUCGUAUCAUAA